GGGUGGGGGCGCGGGGUACCGGGCUGGCGGCCGGCCGGCGCCCCCUCAUUAGUAUGCGGACGAAGGCGGCGGGCUGCGCAGAGCGGCGUCCCCUGCAGCCGCGGACCGAGGCAGCGGCGGCACCUGCCGGCCGAGGCACUGUGAAGACAGUGGUGUGCAAAGCAGAGACCCCUGCUUGCAUGGAAUCUGCAUUCUAGUGGGGGAGACAAGACAAACGUGUAAUUCAAAAGUAAAAAACUUAUGAAGAAUCACAUGUCUCAUGAUUAGUGUUAUAAAGAAAAAAGAAAGCAUGCAUACAGGAAUAUCCACAUAAGCAAUUUUGAUGCCUCUACGCCUAUAAUUACCUAUGGCUACAUGAACACUCUUCCCCUGCAGUCUGAUCGUUUUUUGUUGGUUAAAAGUAUAAUUGUCGGCUGGGUGCGGUGGCUCACGCCUGUAAUCCCAGCACUUCGGGAGGCCGAGCAAUGCCAAGUGAGUACACCUAUGUGAAACUGAGAAGUGACUGCUCGAGGCCUUCCCUGCAAUGGUACACCCGAGCUCAAAGCAAGAUGAGAAGGCCCAGCUUGUUAUUAAAAGACAUCCUCAAAUGUACAUUGCUUGUGUUUGGAGUGUGGAUCCUUUAUAUCCUCAAGUUAAAUUAUACUACUGAAGAAUGUGACAUGAAAAAAAUGCAUUAUGUGGACCCUGACCGUGUAAAGAGAGCUCAGACAUAUGCUCAGCAAGUCUUGCAGAAGGAAUGUCGUCCCAAGUUUGCCAAGACAUCAAUGGCGCUGUUAUUUGAGCACAGGUAUAGCGUGGACUUACUCCCUUUUGUGCAGAAGGCCCCCAAAGACAGUGAAGCUGAGUCCAAGUACGAUCCUCCUUUUGGGUUCCGGAAGUUCUCCAGUAAAGUCCAGACCCUCUUGGAACUCUUGCCAGAGCACGACCUCCCUGAACACUUGAAAGCCAAGACCUGUCGGCGCUGUGUGGUUAUUGGAAGCGGAGGAAUACUGCACGGAUUAGAACUGGGCCACACCCUGAACCAGUUCGAUGUUGUGAUAAGGUUAAACAGUGCACCAGUUGAGGGAUAUUCAGAACAUGUUGGAAAUAAAACUACUAUAAGGAUGACUUAUCCAGAGGGCGCACCACUGUCUGACCUUGAAUAUUAUUCCAAUGACUUAUUUGUUGCUGUUUUAUUUAAGAGUGUUGAUUUCAACUGGCUUCAAGCAAUGGUAAAAAAUGAAACCCUGCCAUUCUGGGUACGACUCUUCUUUUGGAAGCAGGUGGCAGAAAAAAUCCCACUGCAGCCAAAACAUUUCAGGAUUUUGAAUCCAGUUAUCAUCAAAGAGACUGCCUUUGACAUCCUUCAGUACUCAGAGCCUCAGUCAAGGUUCUGGGGCCGAGAUAAGAACGUCCCCACAAUCGGUGUCAUUGCCGUUGUCUUAGCCACACAUCUGUGCGAUGAAGUCAGUUUGGCGGGUUUUGGAUAUGACCUCAGUCAACCCAGAACACCUUUGCACUACUUCGACAAUCAGUGCAUGGCUGCUAUGAACUUUCAGACCAUGCAUAAUGUGACAACGGAAACCAAGUUCCUCUUAAAGCUGGUCAAAGAGGGAGUGGUGAAAGAUCUCAGCGGAGGCAUUGAUCGUGAAUUCUGAACAUAGAAAACCUCAGUUGAAAAUGCAACUCUAACUCUGAGAGCUGUUUUUGACAGCCUUCUUGAUGUAUUUCUCCAUCCUGCAGAUACUUUGAAGUGCAGCUGAAGUUUUUAACUUUUAAUUUAAAAACACACAAAAAAUUUUAGCUCUUCCCACUUUUUUUUCCCUAUUUAUUUGAGGUCAGUGUUUGUUUUUGCACACCAUUUUGUAUAUGAAACUUAAGAAUUGAAUUGGAAAGACUUCUCAAAGAGAAUUGUAUGUAACGAUGUUGUAUUGAUUUUUAAGAAAGUAAUUUAAUUUGUAAAACUUCUGUUCGUUUACACUGCACAUUGAAUACAGGUAACUAAUUGGAAGGAGAGGGGAGGUCACUCUUUUGAUGGUGGCCCUGAACCUCAUUCUGGUUCCCUGCUGCGCUGCUUGGUGUGACCCACGGAGGAUCCACUCCCAGGAUGACGUGCUCCGUAGCUAUGCUGCUGAUACAGGGUCUGCGAUACAGUGGCGUGAGGCCUGGGCUGGUCGGAGAAGGGCACAACCCUUCUCUGUUGGUCUGCCUUCUGCUGAAAGACUCAAGAACCAACCAGGGAAGCUGUCCUGGAGGUCCCUGGUCGGGGAGGGACAUAGAAUCUGUGACCUCUGACAACUGUGAAGCCACCCUGGGCUGCAGAAACCACAGUCUUCCCAGCAAUUAUUACAAUUCUUGAAUUCCUUGGGGAUUUUUUACUGCCCUUUCAAAGCACUUAAGUGUUAGAUCUAACGUGUUCCAGUGUCUGUCUGAGGUGACUUAAAAAAUCAGAACAAAACUUCUAUUAUCCAGAGUCAUGGGAGAGUACACCCUUUCCAGGAAUAAUGUUUUGGGAAACACUGAAAUGAAAUCUUCCCAGUAUUAUAAAUUGUGUAUCUAAAAAAAAGAAACUUUUCUGAAUGCCUACCUGGCGGUGUAUACCAGGCAGUGUGCCAGUUUAAAAAGAUGAAAAAGAAUAAAAACUUUUGAGGAA